CUCAACUCACUCACGUACGUAGAUACUGAUCGCAUUUUGGCAUUUUCCCAACGCGCAGAAAAAAACGAACCAUCACACUCCACCCCAYUCAUUUCUUCKCAUCGUUUUUGCGUUGUGCUGCAUGCCUGGCAUCUUAUCGGYACACUAACGAACAGAAUCGUGCACGGAAAGACUUGUCCCAYCUCGCCUAGCCUCAACGCAAGCACUUCGACCAGCAGCCUAAGCUCAAAAAUGAAUCCUCCUCGUUYUUCUUGCAGCAACGAGAAGCAACUCUCCGACUUUUUGGACGGGGGCAUCAUCACGGGGGAUACCUACGAUUGGAUGAAACCCYUCCACGAAAAGGAGCAAGCCGAUCGGAGGGAAAUCCUUCUUGCUGCCGAGGCCCGCAGGAAUGAUCCCUUCUAUUUCGAUCGGGACGAAGAAGAGGAYGAAGACAUUUUGUUCACUACCACUACCCAAACCCUGCGGAACAUUGAGGGAACACCCGGCUCAUUGAGUUWCGCGGCGGACGACAACAGCACGGGUCACGGAAACAAGGUUUGGCACUCCUCCAUUGCGACCUGCCGGUAUCUGAAGGAMGAGUUCCUGGCCAACAGCCCUAAAACCAACUGGUGGUUUGGAACGAACAGCAGCAAACCGCUUGCCACAAACACAACACCACCAAACAGUGGGUUUCGCAGCCUCGAGCUGGGAGCCGGAACGGCCCUUCCUAGUUUGUUCCUUGCGUCCCAGCUAAAGCAGCGACAGCGACAGCGACAGCGGCAACGGCAACUAGAGGCCGAGACAGCGGAAUCCGCAGCUGCAAGGUCCGCACCACCUGCUACGGUUUGUAUCAGCGAUGCCAAGCAGUAUCGAAACAUCCACCAGAUCUUGCGCUCGGUGGGGAUGCAACUGGAUUCGGACGACGAAAACAGUGACAACAGCGAUGGCAGCAACCCCCACAGUGACGACAACGUCCGAUUCGAGGUUCACCCGCACAACUGGGGCGACCUCUGCGACAAAGUAUUUUCGUCGUGCUCUGGAGAGGAUAUCGGUGUUGGCUACGACCUGGUGAUCGCUAGCGAUUGCCUCUACAAUCCGCAAUACCAGGGGGUCCUCCUGGAAUCAAUUGUCCACGCACUAGCAAUCGAUGGACGCGCCGUCGUUUCGUUUUCGCUGCACGGAAACGUCGGCGACGAAGCCAUCUGGGCCUUUGUGGAGCAAGCGGUUCCCGCGGCCACCAAAACGAUGASUGCGAAUGCAAAGGCCAACGCGAAGGCCAGCCCCGACGCCAGCGGCGGAAAGGAAGCUGUAGAGCAAUCCUGGCGGCUGCGGGCGCGGUGCGUCUCGGCGGCGGUACCGAACGGGGACGAUGCCGCCGGCCGCGGCAACCGCGGACGGGAGGGAUGGGACAUGGAGGAAACCAUGAGGGAACUAGACAUGCCCACGGAGGGGUUGGCCAAGGAGCGCUGGAAAUCUUACGUCUACGAACUCACGUGGGUGCCACUCCGAUCGUAGCCUAGCAAGGGGCGCAGCAGACGAAUGCCUUCGGCUCGGUUCCGUGCCUUGCUCUGUCGGGUCGAUGCUAGGGGUAGCGUAUAGUAGCCAUGUUGUAGAAAGUGUAAACAAGGCUCCACAACUGCCUGAGAAUCGAAAUAACCUUGCCAAAACGGA